AUGUCACCUCCAGUCGUUCGAGUUUUGGAGCCAGAGUUUGGUGGUGCGACAGAAACCCCUGUUGCUGAGACUCAGCUGGAUAGCCCUGACCCAGGAAACUGCGAGAACCAUGGCCUUGGCCACGCUGUGCCGGCUGUAGCUGAGAAGCCGGCUCCCACUCCUUCUACCCGUGUCCGUGACCUCUUGAAAGCCAACAAGGAGAAGAAGGAGACUUCAGCAUCUGCUCUGCACCACGCCAUUUUGGCUUUGGGCCCCCCGGGCCAGCUGACAAAGGAGCAGCUCGCUGCAGAGCUUCUGAGCUUGCAUGAGCAAAUGCAUGGCAAUGAGAGCUGUGGCGCACAUGAGGCUGCUGGGGACAAGGCAGUUGGGAAACCCUUGGAGGAAACACCUGAAAAAAUUUUGCAGACUCCCCUUCCAAAGUCAAUGCCGCCGCCCGCAAAGGUGCCGAACAAGGCUUUGUCCAUAGCUUGCCCACCAGAUACCCAAACAAGGGCUGCACCACAGGCAAAACUUGCAGUUGUGGAAGCAAAGCCUGCAGCACCCCUUGCAGUUGUGCAGGCCAAACCUGCUCCGCCUACAACAGCUCCAACAGCCGUUGCAGUACCUGCAGCACCUCUGACUGCUUGCGUGGUUGCUGAAGCAAAGGCUGCAACACCCCCAACGACCCUUGAAGCUGUGCAGGCCAAACCUGCUCCGCCUACAGCACCUCCAAAAGCAGCUGCAGUACCUGCAGCACCUCUGACUGCAGUUGCUGAAGCAAAGGCUGCAUCACCUCCGACAGCCCUUGCAGCAAAUGUGGGGUCAACAGGUACUCCAGGGCCUGGUGCAGUGGCAAAUCCUGGUCCUACCACAGCACCUGCAGCAAAGGUUGCCCUUGCUCCAUCUCUUGCCCCUGCUGAAUCUACGGACCAGAGCGUGGAGCAAAAGUUGCUGGAGCUGAGGAUUCGUCGGCAUGUGAUGGCAGCCAACACGGACGAGCUUCUCCACGCUUGGAAGGAUACAACCCAACGUGCGAAGAUGAAAGAAACCUUUCUCAAGACCGGUUCGCUCCAAGAGGUCGAUAUAGUUGUGCAGCGAAUGUCGAAUCAAAGUGUGAAGGACCAGGACACUGAAAAGCCAGUCACGAAGCUCAUGCUGAAAGAAAUCUACAAAUGGGACGAGUGUUGUCCUCAAAACUUUGACAUGCAUGCAUGCAUGCAUGCAUGCAUGAAGAUUUCAGAGGUUCUUGCGUCAUGUCACACCAUGCAUGUCAUGCAUAUAGACUUGUGUGCAACUGAGUCAGAUGAUUGA